AUGGCGGGAAUGAACGCCCGUACCGGGCUGCUGGUGCUUGGCAUGCUGGUCACUGAUAUGCAGUGUGUGGAAAACUGCGAGCCCGAUAGCCCCGGGAAGCGCGUGGAGUACUCGCAGCCCGUCUGGCAAACGCUGCAGAUGUUCAUGGGCGAGCUGUGCUGCCUGGUCCCCUUUCUGUUCCGCAUUGCGCGCCGCCGCUGGCGUCGGUACCUGCGCGAAAAAGCGAUGCAAAACGCCGAGAACCAGUCGUUGAUCUCGGUGGACGAGUCCUACAUUGUGCCGUACGGCGGUGUGCACGCCUCCUUUUUGCGUGUCAAUGUGCCGAACCUCUUUGGCGGCUUCAUGCCUGUGGAUACGGAAGGCGGCACUGGCCGUAUGCGCCAGCGCGGCGUGCACUGGACCACGACCGCGGUGCUGUUCCUCUUCCCCGCCGCGUGCGAUAUCUGCGCGACGACGCUGAUGAAUGCGGCGCUGAUCAUCAUGCCCGUGAGUAUUUACCAGAUGACGCGUGGUGCGCUGGUGCUGUGGGUCGGCCUGUUUAGUGUGCUCUUUUUGCACCACCACUUGCGUCUGUACGAAUGGCUGAGUCUCUUGAUGGUCAUGCUCGGUGUCGCGAUUGUGGGCCUGAGCAGCGUGCUCGUGCACCCCAAGCCGACGAUGGCGCUCCUGGCCUACGUCACGAACACGAAUGAUGCGAGUGCAGCGGUGAAUGCGAUUCUCGGUCUGUGCAUGGUCCUCUUUGCCCAGAUCUUUGCCGCGAUGCAGUUUGUCUAUGAAGAAAAGGUGAUGGGCGACCACGAGGUGGAGCCGACGCUUGCCGUCGGUCUCGAGGGCCUGUUUGGCUCGCUGCUUGUCCUGAUCCUCAUGCCGAUUCUGCACUUCUUUAUCGGCUCGACCAAGGCCGGGCACGGCGGCUUCUUUGACAUGGUCACCGGCUGGCACCAGCUGAUCGACAACCCCCCCGUGCUGUGGGGCUCGGCGGCGUGUGCCGCGAGCAUUGCGCUGUACAACAUGUUUGGCCUGAGCGUCACGCGCACGGUGAGCGCCACGGCGCGCAGCACCAUCGACACGUUCCGCACGCUCGGCAUCUGUGCCGUGAGUCUGUGGCUCGGCUGGGAGGUCCUGCAGCCGCUGAGCGGCCUGCUGCAAGGCCUGGGCUUUGCUUCGCUUGCGUACGGAACCUUUGUUUUCAACGGAGUCGUGGCCCCUCCCUCGUUCCUGCUGACCGAGGAGGAGCGCGCGGCCCAAGCCUAG